ACUGCAUUUCUUUGGGUGUCUAAAGACGAGAGCGGUAGAUUGGGUUAUUUUGUUGGUCGCACUGUUUGCAUCGCCAUGUUUCUCGCUUUCCGUUGAAUUGUCACAAGGAAUAGUGGAAUAAAGUGUGGCAAUGGCGAGUGCGUCUGUUCCGCACAUUUGAUGUUGUGAUAAAGUUGGGGCGUACGCGUCCGCCUUAUCAAUUGUGACAAAGUCUUUUGUAUCGAGUAUGUUCGCUCGGUUUUCGUAUACACACUUUGUUUUUAAACAAGGCUAACCGACGAUAGCGAGAUCAAAGUGUCUAGUGUGCAAUGUCGGUGAUUCAUUAUAGGAAUAUGGGAGUAUACGACAGAUAAUAGAAAAUAAUCGUAUUAUACAAGAAAAAGUUACGAUUUCGUGUAUCUUUGUCACGCGUCCGUUCACACUAUUUCAGAAGUUUCGCUGGUAUAGCUGAAACAAUUCUAAGCGUACUGAAACGUUACGAAUAAUCGAUACGUGCUCGUAAACGUAUAACGCGAUAAUAUGAAAUCGGAGCGAGCAUGAAGGUAACUGUGUGUUUCGACAACGUUCGAGUGGUGGUUCCUUGCGGGGAUGGAACCCUACUGGUCAAGGACUUGAUGCACGAGGCUAUUCUCAGGUAUAAAAAAGCAACUGGAAAGAACGAUAAUGUACUGUCUAUAAACAGCUUGUCAUCCUUAACCGGAGGUGGUUUGCUGGAUCCAGAUGAUAGGUUAUGUGAUGUAGCUGAUGACAGAGAGCAGAUUGUUGCUCAUUUUGUAAGUACGGAUACUACGCAUGCUGGUGGUGAUGGAGCAAGUUCGGUCGGAACAAAUAGUCCAGACUUUUUUCAAUCGGAUGGCAAAGAAUUAUCUUAUGGUAUUGAUACACAUUCUUCCAUAUGUACCAGUAGUAUUAAAAGGGAAAGUACUAAAAGAUUGUCGAUGCACGCAUUAUCGACCAGAGAACCUUGUUUAACCACGUAUUCUGCUCAAUCCCUUCCGAGAGAAUCUCGACGUAGGGAACCAUUAGGACAAGAUGCCAAAGCAUCGUUUGAAUAUGCAAAUGCCAAUAUCGAACUUGGAGAUCAAGGAGAAAUUCGAGAAAUUGUGAUAAAAAACGAAGCAGGACCACUAGGACUUCACGUGGUGCCGUGUUACGACUUACUGGGUAACGAUCAGGGACUCAGAGUCGAAGGCAUUGAGCCCAAUGGUCGAAUUGCUAGAGACGGGCAGAUCGAUUUACACGACAAAAUCAUAAAAAUAAAUGGUCACAAUCUGUUGCAUAUACCAUUCUCCAAAGUACAAGAAAUCUUUCGAACUUGUAUGACCGAUCCGUGUUUGCAAAUUUCUGUUGUAAAACAUAAAAGACCACGCAAGAAAUCGUUGCAUAAAAAUCAGGGAAACGUCAGCGGAGGAUCGGAGAAAACAGAAACAGACGAUAAUGUCAAAAGACUUCAAUGCAGCAACUACAAUUUGUUACAAACUGCUAACACUCGUAAAAUUGGACGCAUGAUAGAGAUAGAAUUAACAAAAGGAAGCAAUGGCCUUGGAUUUAGCGUCACUACACGUGACAAUCCUGCAGGAGGACACUGUCCCAUAUAUAUCAAAAAUAUCUUACCAAAAGGUGCUGCAGUCGAGGAUGGUAGAUUAAGGUCUGGUGACAGGCUGUUGGAAGUAAAUAAUAAAGAAAUGACAGGUAAAAGUCAAGCUGAGGUUGUCUCACUUCUCAGAAGUAUUCCACCUGGUGGAAAGGUAAAAAUAGUGGUAUCACGCCAAGAAGAAGUUUCCUCCAAUGUUCCAGAGACUCAUUCUCACGUUACCGUUAACAGCCAAGCCACAGAAGUUACAGAUAAUUCAAAGUAUUGGAACGCAUUGAGUACGUCACCAGUAAAGAAGAAUUCUGAAGUGCAGGAUAAAAUUAAUACCCGUAGUUACGAUAAAUGUACAUUCAAGUCGGUAAAAACUACGGAGGACAUUGUUUUGUCCCCACGGAAAAAUCGCAUGAUAUUAACUUUGGACAUACCAGUGCAUGAUUCAGAAAAAGCAGGAUUAGGUGUUAGCGUAAAGGGAAAGACUACCAAUACAGAUGAAAAUACUAAUAUGGAUUUGGGUAUUUUUAUAAAAAGUGUCCUUCACGGAGGUGCAGCUUCUAGAGAUGGACGGUUAAGGACGAAUGAUCAGUUGCUCAAUGUUAACGGCGUAUCUUUAUUGGGACUAUCCAAUUCCGAUGCGAUGGAAACGCUUAGAAGAGCGAUGCUCAAUACAAAUAGCUCUGUAACAGGUGUAAUCACUCUGACGAUAGCUAGGAGGAUAUCUUCCUACGACGGAAACGAAAAGAAUCUUCCAGAUAAUUUGACACCACACUGUAAAUUGGAGUCUGCCAACAGUAUAUACAUAUCUGAUUCCAUGAAAGCCAACGAGGGCAGGGUGAAGGAAAAGAACAACUUAAAUUCUCAAUCAGACAUCUUAGACAAUGGUUUAUUAUCCUGUGUGACAGCGUCUCCUUGGAACCCAGUCAUCGACAGAUUAACAGAACAGUAUAAUAAAAACAGUUUAAGAAACGAAAGUUACUGCAUCGCUACCAAUAAAACUUGGAUAGAACCCGUUGGUAACGCAAAGAAGAUCACAGUAGGACAGCACGACGACCGUAUGGACCAAGUAUUACUGGAAGACUCUAACGAAUCACAAUGCAACGAUGCUAAGAAAAACUCAGACGACAAAGACAGUCAAUACUCUGGCGAUCCAACUUAUGACAGUCAGUUAUCUCUCGAAGAAUUCAACUCUUCGUGCAAUAAGUUCUCCCGUGACGCUCUAGGUAGGCAGAGUAUGUCUGAGAAACGACACGCUGCCCUCGACGCGAAGAACACGGACACUUACAAAAGGAAUAAGAAACUGCGGGAGGGACGCGAGAACAAAAAUCAGGAGCAGGUCAAUCAAAAGUCCGCGAACCAGUCGACGGAGUCGGAGGAUCAGACCAAACGAGGAGGGAAAUUGGAGAGCUUCGAAAAGAGCAAAAGCAAAAGUAGCAGCGAGAGUGGAACGACAAGCGACAAUAAUGUAAAGCGAUAUGAGAAGUCCGUGGACCCUACUCAGUCGGAAUACGUGUACACUAUACCUGGAUGUAAUAAUAAGUUCACUUCACCGAGGAAACAUUGGCUCGUGGACGACGUACACGGCGAGAUAACGAGUAGCAAUAAUUUUAAGGACGAUCGCGAGGGUUUCCCAAACAGUCGGGGGGACGUGAAACAGGCUUCCCUUAAUUCAGCUUUAGAUGAUCGAUACAAACGUUCGCGAAAGAAAGGCGGCAUACGAUCUAUGCUUCGACUAGGGAAGAAUAGGAAAUCGCUCAAUUUCGGUGACAGUAUAGAAGCCCGACACGAAUCCAGUAACUAUUGCAGCGGAACGAUCAAUUAUAUCGCAUAAUAUUAGAUGGGUAUUUAUAACUUAGAUACGGAAUUCACGAUAUACAUAAACGUACUUGUACAUCUAGAAACGCAUGUUAUACACGGAUACACAUUUUAAACGCCUAUUGCACGCGUACACGUAUACGCGUUCAUACAGUAUAUACUUAUAUGUAUGAUUUGUUCCAAAGUGCCUUAUAUCAUUGCAAAAAAGUAAUUAAUUCUGUAUAUAUAAUUUUUGUACUCGUCUUCAAUUCGUACCGAUCAUGUAUCUAUUUUUAAAAUAAAAAAAAAAAAAAAAGAAGAAA